GGUAACUGCAAAAAAAAACUCGAGCUUUUAUAACCCACAAACUGUAGACACGUGUCAGUCGGUCGACAGGAGGAGAAUCAGAUUCCUCUCUCUAAUCGAAGAUACUUGGCCUCGCCGCCGCGUCAAAGGAACCAUUUUGGCUUCUGCUUGAGGUUUUAGGGGGAGGUUUGAUUGUUGAGUCUGAAAGGAGUUAACUUUGAUUCUCGUACUCGAAUCUUGAUUCAGCAAAUGGCGUCUUCGUUCUGGAACAUAGCUUAUCAACAAGCAAUGAAAAGCGGUGUGCUUGUCGCCAAAGUCUACUCCUUUCUCCAUGUAACCACUAACUAUCUCGCCUUCCCUGCUUAUGCUUUUGGUCCGAGCAUGAUCCCCACGCUUCAUCCUUCGGGUAAUGUCGUGCUGGCCGAACGAAUCUCCAAACUGAGUCGUGGAGAUGUCGUUGUCUUUCAGUCUCCUGAAGAUCCUAACAAGCUUCCGACCAAGAGAGUGGUUGGACUUGAGGGAGACUCUGUAAGCUUCGUGGUUGAUCCGGGGAAGAACGAUGAAUCAAGAACCAUUGUGGUUCCUAAAGGGCAUGUCUGGGUGGAAGGUGACUAUACUCAGAACUCUAGAGACUCUAGAAGCUUUGGUCCUGUACCUUAUGCUCUUGUUCAAGGCAGAUUGCUUUGGAGGGUUUGGCCAUUUCAAGAUUUUGGACCCAUUGGGAGUUAGCUUGGUUGGUCCUUUUUGGCGGUUUGUGAGUUUAGUAAUCUGGUUGUUAAGCCAGGUGACUCUGGCGGUUAGCUAUAUGAUGGAGAGAUUGAUACCAUGUGAGAUCACUAUAGAAUAGUGUUGGUGAUUUGCUGGUGUUUGAUACCUUGUAUGUAAGUCUAUUACAAGUAAAUGAUUCAUUUGAUUAGAUGCUGAUGAACUAAUUUCCAAGAUUUUAGCAUAUAAUCGAAGAAUGAGUAACCAUUUAUGUUUCUUACAUGUGAAGAUUAUAUCUAAAAUUGUUAAGUUUUCUCUUGUCUACAUAAAUUGCGAAAGUUCAGAUGCUUUGCUCUCAAGUGAAAGGCUUUCAGUUCAGAUGCUUUGCUCUCAAGUCAAAUUUUGGUAGUGGAAACUGUCUCAAGAUCAUAAGUUAAUGCAUAGACGUUGUGAAGUAUGUAAGCUCUUUGACUAAUUUUUCAUUUGUGUGAUUAGUCUGCUUUGCUGCUGCUGCUGCUGCUUUGUUUGUGAAAGGUUAAGGCUUAGUAAUGAACAAACAUGUAUGUGUGUGUGUUUCCGAGCUUUCGAUUCACCAUUUCUUCCUCAUAGCUCUUUGUGAUUGCAGGACAUCUACUGAUCUACAAGUGAAUACUAUAUAUUUUGACUCAGUGAAUUAAACUACGGAAAAGAAGUCAGCGACUCAGUGAAUGAAUCUUUAAAAGUUAGGUGAAUAUUAACACACCUAAGCACAAUGUGGUAAGUGAGCUUUUGUAAUGCGUUAAACUGUUUGGUAGGCAAUCGUUGUUAGCAUGCAUUCAACCGUCAUUCUCGUAGAUUUGGACAUUAAGGUACAUUUGCUAGUAGUUGACAAACACUUAACAAUCUUUUGAUAACAACUAUCAUUCUCGGAGAUUUGGACUUUAAGAUAGGUACAUUUUGCUAGUAGCUAACACACACUUAACAGUAGUUAACAAACACUAACAACGUCCUUAUCUCUUCCUCUAUAAAUAAAGAUUACAAGUGCAUGUCUUAUCUAUAUUUCAACAUCACAAAUAUAAAAGAAAGAAACUAAAAGCAGCGACGGCCAUGGCAAGAAGAAAUGAGGAUCUAGAGUCAUCAUACCUCGUUCUCAAGACCCAAGUCACAAAGAUGGAGAAGGAACUAGACCGUUUGCGGAAGUUAACUCAGGAGUUAACGUCGGAGAUAUCUCAUUUCAUGUUCCUCGACAAUGGUGUUAACCUUGGUAACUUUUCUCAAACCGAGAUUGAUAAUUUAAAAUCAAAUUCACGCAAGAAGAUUACAUGUUUGAGUAGACAGUUAUGGCAUCCUUACACAAGUGUCAACAACGAGCCAACUCUUGGGGGUGAGGUCCCAAAGGAGAGAACUGUCUAUUUGAUGGAUGAGUGGUUCAUGGAUCCAUCUGAUAAGGAGGAUGAGAUGAAGAAGGCCUGUGAAGGAGAGAGCAGCAAGUCUGGUGGUGCGGCAAUGGGAAAGGGGAGAACUGUCUAUUUGAUGGAUGAGUGGAGGAACAUGGAUCCAUGAUCCAUCUGAUAAGGGGGAUGCCUAAUGAAGCAGCUAGUCGAGUAAUAAAAUUAAUGUCGUCUUGAAAUAAAGUUGUUGUUGUGUCUUUGCAUGCUUAUUUCAUAUUUUUAGUUUUUGUUGCUUUGGUCAAAAGCUUCGGUCAUGUGUUCUUGUUGUUGUGUCUUAAACUUUUGUGUCUUUGUUUUUGCAUAUGUUAACCUAAAAUAAUGCAAAUGUUUUCCCUUUGCAAA